AAAAACAGAACAAGGAGUAGCAUGGCAUGUUCGGAAAAGUGGAAUAAAAAACAUCAAUUCUAUCGUCAUCAUCAGCGUCAUACUCUUUGAUUUUUUCUUCUUUUUCCUCCUUCUGGUUCUCACCUACUACAAUCCCAUCUUCUCAACUUGCACAAAGGAAGCUCUCAAUUCAACCGUAAGUCCCUCUCUCUCACUUACUUGCAAAGAUUUCUGCUUUUUCCUUUUGGCUUUCCAUGCUUGUCUCCUUGAAUUUAUGGACUAAUUUGUUGGUUCACUCAAAAAACUGAAAGGCAAUACCCAGAAGGAUUGUAGAACCAUAAACAGUAGCUUUUGGAUGCAUCAUUGCUUCUGAAUCAACUCUGUUCUUGUUCUGUUCUGUUCUCUGUGUCCUUUGCUUUGUUCCAAAUUCCUCUUUUGCUUUAAGAUUUCCAUCAAAUCAUUCACUCUUCUUCUCGAUAUCUUCUGAAAAAUACAACCUAGAAAGGUCGUGGAAUCGAGAUAUGGAAGGCUGAUAUAUCAUUCUUGAUUCUUUUUUUUUACUCUGCAUAGAACUCUGUGUCUAUCAUCAUCAAAAGCAAAACAUUGUUUUGAUCCAAUGGAUUCUUUCAAUGGGUCUUCUAGUUUCUGUUACAAUCCAGGUCCAGAUUCGGAUAGCAGUUCCGAGUUUUCUGGAAUUCUGGACAUUUAUGUUCAUCAUGCUAGGAAUAUUCACAACAUAUGCAUCUACGAGGAGCAGGAUGUCUAUGCCAAAUUCUCCCUCACUUACAACCCUGAUGAGACAAUCUCCACAAGAACUAUCACAAGAGGAGGGAAGAAUCCUGAUUUUAACGAAGGCUUGAUGAUGAAAGUCACCCAACCCGAUUCUGUCCUCAAAUGUGAAAUUUGGAUGCUUAGCAGAAUCAGAAACUACAUGGAGGAUCAGCUUCUGGGUUUUACUCUGGUUCAGGUUUCAGAAGUCGCUGGGAAAGGAAAAGUCUCUCAAGAUUAUAGCCUCUCCUCCACAGAUCUCCUUCAUUCCCCCGCCGGAACUGUCAAACUGACUCUUUCCCUGAAUACCUCUGUGCCCAUCAAACCCUCCACGGAAACCACCAGUAGCUCUUCCAUAUCAUCCGAGGUUGUGCUGCUCGAUAGAAAGAAUACUGAAAAUUUUUUCGACCCUGUUGAGUUUUCCAGGAUCGAAUUUCCUGACAUCAAUGAUGUUAGGGAAAAUCAGAAGAUGAUUUCGGAGUACUUUGAUGGUUUGAAUCCAAGGCCUGGUCCAGUCGGAGUUGCUUCUUUCCUUCAUCUUGGUGCCUCUCAUCACCCUGUUGACGAUUACGAAAUGACGGUGAAUUCAUCCGACCAAGAAAACAACGGCGGCUCUGUUUCCCCGAAUGGAAGCAUUCAGAAUUCUGGGUUUUUUAGUUCUACUACAACAAGUUUAAGUGAUGAUCGGAACUCGGCUGACUCUGGGGAGAGAAAGAGCCGCCUUGGCGGCGAGGGUUCCAAUUCUUUCCAAACAUCAGUCACCACCGAGGCAAACCAGGGCGUGGGGGGUUCUCCGGACACCCCAACUUCAAAGAAAGGAAGUGGAACAAGGGAAGAGAAGAAAGAAGAAGAAAAGAACAAGGAAGGGAACAUGAAUUCUGUGAAAUUCGGACCGGUUUUUUCAGCUCCACUAGGAAACAUCAAUCUGGAGAAAGAACAAACAGCAAUGCAACAGCAGAUUGUGGACAUGUACAUGAGGAGUAUGCAACAGUUUACAGAAUCCUUAGCCAAGAUGAAACUCCCAAUGGAACUUGGCAAACCGGAAUGCGAAGACCGCAGUGAGGCCAUUCAAAACCGUAGCAAGAAUGUAGAGCAGGAGAAGAAGAAGGAUGGAUCGCGGGUGUUUUAUGGUAGCCGGGCAUUCUUCUGAUGUUCUAACUUAAUAAUGUGAUUAAUGUAUUCCUCAUAAAUGUUGCUUAUGAGUUACAACAUAGAAUUUGAUUUUAACAGUUGUUUUCUCUUAAUCUGACUAUGUGAGAGCACUAUCUCUGGAGCAACAUCUGUGAACCGCAGAGCCAGAGGAUGUUAUUUGUGUUCAUUGUUAGUUGUUCUGUUUUCUCUAUGAUUUCUUUUGGAAUCAGAUCGUCUGUUUGUUUCCUCAGAGUAUUAGCCGUAUUGUGUGUACAAGUAAAGGCAUAUUCUGAAAGUAAGUUCCUUUUUUAUUGAACGGUUAUGGUGUUUUAGUACC